CUUAUUUCUUCGAUUCGGGAACGGCGACACUCCCAAAGUCUGGAGUUAGUUGUGAAUGGCGAGCGCUUUUGGCGCUUAUGGAUUUAGGAGCCGUGUCAGAUACAUUGAUGUUUUAGAUCCAUCAAUCACGUGCUAUUAUGUUUCUGAGAUUCUAGAUGCAGGACGAGAUGGGCCUUUGUUUAUGGUUUCAUUGGAGCAUUGCAAAAGUGAAGUAUUUAUCCAUGUAUUGGCUGUCAGAUGUUGGGAAUUUGUUAAGGAGAGAGUGAAUCAAGAGAUCAAUAAGCAGCAUAAGUUGGGAACUUGUUUGAUGUUUUAGAUGAAUGAGUUGAAUGAGAGAACCAAAUCGGAAGGAAGAAUAAAAAAAUUGCAAAAUGGAAAAUUAAAAAUCUUAUUGUAUUAUGGUCCAGGCCGGUAUGUGAUAUCAAAAAAAAAUUUCAUCUCCAAUUAUGUAUUUGAUAUAAAAAAAAUCCUAAUUCAUAUAGCAAAUAGCAAUUUUCUGUACACGAACAGAAAUCAUGUAGAACUAUAAGUUUAAAAAAAAAUUAAAUCUGAUAAUUUGAGAUACCUGAUCUGUGGGAAUCUGAAAUUUCCGAAAAGAGAAUAUGGGGAU